AACAUUUUUGCCCUAUAUAGAAUUUCAUCGAAUUAGUCUAUGUAUCCGGCGAUGCGGUGACCUCUGCCAGCCACUCAACUUCAGCUUCCGACACGCCUGUCGCUCGGCUUCUUGCCACUGCCAAACAUCGCGCCGCAAAAUUCCAGCACAAAAUAGCGACCACUCACUGGCGCCAAUACCUACAGUGCUGUUUCAUUCUCAGGUUGCCCCAGCCAUGUCCCUGCCGUACCCUCCAGGGGUUGUGUAGCCGGGGGAAAGGGUCGGCAGCAGGAGGGUGGGAAGGUGUACGGCACACCGGCGCUGUGAUAUUAAACACCACCACAGCGCACGUACGUGCCCGCGGCCUCGUAAAGACAACGUUGAGGUUACAGGGCACGACGCGACGCAACACCACACGGCAGCAGCAGUAGCACCAGCAGUAGCACCGGCAGUAGAAGUAGCAACAGGAACGGUGUCGGCGAAAGGACAUGCCGUGUCCUCAGCUAAUUGGAUCGUAAAACCCGCACGAACAUCCCCGCAGACAUAAAACCAGCGGACAGCAGCAGCAGUCACGUCGUCCACCGGUUGUCACUGUGUUGUUGCUGAGCCGUUGUUGCUGAACAUCCCUAACCGCCCGAAACCUAGAACCGCCAACGGCCAACCGAAUAGUUAGGUAGAUGGGGCUUAUCAACCUCCUCAACGAAAAGCCCGUACAUCUGGUCUUGGCCAAGGACAGAGUGAGAAGCAUCAAGAGAGGCCACCCCUGGAUAUUCCCGGAAGUACUUCGAGAGUUGCCCAAAGCUCCGCCCGGUUCAUUAGCGUUACUGAAAACUGCAGAGGGGGAUGUUUUAGCAAAAGGAUAUUACGACCCGGGAUCGAAGCUCGCAUUCCGCAGUUUUGCUCUUCAACGGGACAAAUUGGACGAGCAACUGAUUGCAGCGCGUCUGGAGCGUGCAGCGCAGCUUCGCGACAUGUUGUUUGAACCGUACGACACCACCAACGGUUUCCGGUUGGUCAACGGUGAAGGAGACGGCUUGCCAGGCCUUGUGGUGGAUAUGUACGACAGCGCGGCGGUGAUGAAGCUGGACGGUGCUGGUGCCGAGUCCUUUUACAACUCCCGAGAGAUAGCCUCCUGGCUCAUGUUCCGUUUCUCGUCUCGUCUGAAGACCGUGUUUUUAAAGUACCGGGCAGGGGCCAGCUCCAGCUCAGAUGGAGCUUUGGGAUCUGGCUCCGGUUCCGGGUCGGGUUCGAACCGGGGUUCCGGUGUUUCUGCGAGUUCUGAGACUCCCGGCGCCGGGGUUGAUGAGGGUCGUGGUCGCCUGCUGGCUGGGGAACCCCCGGUGGCCGGGCGGCCUGUGCGCUUUUUGGAAAAUGGCGUAACCUUUCAGGCAGAUAUAGUGCAAGGACAGAAGACAGGCUUCUUUUUGGAUCAGAGGGACAACCGCGCCUUCGUGGGGAGAUUGGCCGGGGGGAAGCGUGUGCUUAAUGUGUUUGGCUACACUGGGGGCUUCUCCGUGUACGCGGGAGUGGGCGGCGCCCGCCACGUGACGACCGUUGAUCUUGGUCGCGCCGCCUUGUCGUACGCAACUGCCAACUGGGCACUUAACGGUCUGGUUCCGGAGCGGCACGUUGCGGCGGCGGAGGACGCGUUCGAGUUUCUGGAGGCGGCGAUCAAAGGCCGGGAAAAGUGGGAUGUGGUCAUCAUCGAUCCGCCAUCUUUCGCACCCAACAAGCAAUCUGUGGAGAAGGCACGUGCGUCGUACACUCGGCUCUUCGCCGCUGCCGCGGCGGUGACGGCGGCGCACGGGUCUCUCUCUCUGGCGUCUUGCAGCAGCCACAUAGACUCGCCAAUGUUUAUGGAGGUGUGCUCGGAGGCUCUUGGCAAGGCUCGGCGGCAGGGCUAUGUGGUGAGGGUGGCGGGGCAGCCCGCUGACCACCCCUUUCCCGCAGCGGCAGACGAGCUGAGCUACCUGAAGUUCGUUACCUUCCGCUUGGAGGGCUGA